GAACAGUCGGUCUGAAACAACAGUGGCGUGAUCGGUCAAGCGAGCGAGCGCCCCCCUCUCACACACUGAUGUUGAACCCACAUAGCUUUCCAUGGGAUCUGCUACAUCAACAUCCCCCAUCAACAUGCCCCCUCACUCGUUCACUCAGUCCGUCUCUGUCUCUCUCUUGCUCGCUGUCUUCCUUUGGCUGCAGGGUUGUCAGGCCGAAGACUCACACCUUUUGGGUUCAGUCCCCAUUAAUAUAACUGAAGAAUCAGACAUGGCAAGCACCAAAGGAGUCCCCAGGAUGGGGAAGAUGCUUAUUGAGCUGAUGACCCUACUGGGGGCUGUCGGCUUGAGCAACAGUGCCAUCCAAAGGCCUGACUAUGACGACACUGCGGCCCCCGAGUUCCUCAACCCCUCCUGGAUGGCGGACCUCCCGGACAGCCGCCCGCUGUCCGAGGUCACCAUGCCUGGCACCCACAACACCAUGGCCAUCUACGGCGGUGCCUUGGCCGAGUGCCAGUCCUGGAGCCUGGCGUCACAGUUGCGUGCCGGUGUGCGCUUCCUGGACGUUCGUGUGCGCCAUGUGCGUGGCAACCUCACCAUCCACCACGGCGUGUCUUACCAGCGGGCGCACUUCGGUGACGUGCUGGAGGGCGUGGCUGACUUCCUACGUGAGUACCCCAGCGAGAUGGUGCUGAUGCGGCUCAAGGAGGAGUUCAGUGAGACCUUUGACAUCUACGGGGCAGUGGUCAGCUACAUUCACCUUUACGCCGACUGGGACCUGCUGUGGCACAGUCGGCUCAUGCCAACUGUGGGACAGGCCAGAGGGAAGCUCAUUGUCCUCCAGGACUUUGGCGGACCUGACCUCGGCAUGCGCUACAGCUCCCUGGACAUUGCAGACGACUGGAAGGUCCCCACCCUCCUGCAUGUGGCUGAGAAAUGGCAAAGUGUGCACGAACACCUGGAGACUGCCCAUGUUGGCAACAAGGCCUAUAUCUUCCUCACCUAUGGCAGCGGAGCGGGCAUCUUUGCCUACCCCAACGCCAUCGCCCAGCGAAUCAAUGCCCGCCUGUACGACUACCUGAUGGCACUGAUGGGGCAGAACAGGCGCUUCGGAAUCAUCACCAUGGAUUUCCCCGCCUCUCCCCUGCUUCAAAUGAUCAUCAACUUCAACUGAGAGAGAGGUCCCUCGUCUACUAAGCCUGCUACCAUACAAUCAACAUAGAUACUCUCAAAUUAAAAUUGUUGAGACACUACAUGAUGAUUGGGAGUCCAUUUUGCUCAUUGUAUGCUUAUUUUCACUAUACCUUGCUACUUAAGUAAGCAGUUGUUUAUUGGUGAGGUUCGUCAUCGCUCUUGACUUUCCAUCAAGCGGGCAAAACUGGUUGCAAUGAUGUCAGACUGAUAUAUUUUCUGACGUCAUGGUCAGAUUGUGUACUAACUGUAAAAGGAAGUAAGACAUCCUAAAUUGGUUAUCAUCUGGUCCCCACAACCAGAAAACCAGAAAAUAACAUUGUUAAGAUGUCCGAUAGCUAAUUUUGACCGCUGGCCAGGUGAUCAAGGACGAGUCGCAAUUCUAAUUUGUGUAGCACCUCAUCAAGAAAAGAACUAUAGGAAUUGACUAUCACUAUUUGAAAGGGCUAGUUCACUCCAAAAUCAAAGUUUUCCAGAUAUGUUGGGACUUCAAAAGUUGUCUAAUGUCGAGAUGAAUCUAUGUCCCACACCAUCCGUUGUGUAAAUCCAGCUACAGCCCUAGUAUGCCUAUGGUGCCCAUCUUUCUCAUUCAUAUUGGGAUUGAUGCAUAUAGCUGGACCUACACAGCAGUAGAUCUGAAAAUGUCUGAAAAACUUUAAUUUUGGAGUGAACAUUUACUUUAAGUGUUAAUGUUCAAAGAAAACUGACACAUUUGGGAAGAAUGCCACACCACAAAACAUGAACUCAAAACAGAAAACCGUAAGGACAUCUUUGAGUAAUGUUCUUUCAAUGUUAUUGAUUUCAAUCCUUACAUGUGGUAUUGUUUAAUAUCUUUUGGACAGUGAUGUCAUUAAGAUAUUAACCCCUUUCAAACCCAGCAGUGUUUCAGUCACAACAAUGACACAAUGGCUGUAUGAUUGGACAGGCUAUUCAAAAUUGUCAAUAGAAAAUAAAUAGCUUUAAUCCACAUAAAAUGUAUGCUUU